AUGUCAGCACCAGUCCGCAAUCUCUUUCAACAUCUUCCUCCACCCGCAGAAUGUCUCGCGCUGUGCAUCGCAACACUCGAAUUGGUUCCGUUUGGAGUAGCAGGGUUGCGCAAUCCUGCUACAUUUGCCGACGGUUAUGGACUGCCCAUCACAGGCGCCCCAGUUACCUCGUUGUCAUCUACACAGCGCACAGAUAGCCGUUCAACCGCAACAUCAGGUGCAUCAGAAGACGAGAUGAACACCAAGAAAGCGCUAGUUGCCGCGGUAGCAGCACGCAAUAUGCAGAAUGGAAUACUUCUAUUCAUUUUUGGGCUCCUCUUGCGCGACCGAAGGAGUCUAGGCGUGGCCGUCACGGCAGGCCUGGUCGCCACCAUUACGGAUACGGUGAUUGUGAAGACAUUUGGUGCAAAAGACAAAAUCGGUGGUCACUACCUGGGCGUCUUCAACAGUCUGGCAGUCGGAGGCAGCUUGUUAUACUGGGGAAGCAGCGACGCGUUGUGGUGA